AUGAAGGGUACUCCGGAGACUCCUCAGUGCGGGUUUUCCCGGGCCAGCAUACAAAUUCUGGGAUUGCAAGGCGUUGAUCCCAAGAAGUUUGUUGCCUUCAAUGUUUUAGAGGACCCAGAGUUGCGUCAGGGUAUCAAGGAAUAUUCCGAUUGGCCCACGAUCCCCCAACUAUACCUCGAAAAGGAAUUCAUUGGUGGCUGCGAUAUUCUGAUGUCUAUGCAUCAGAAUGGGGAGCUUGCUAAAAUGCUGGAAGAAAAGGGAGUACUGGUGGCAGCCGACUAA